GUGGAGGGCUGGAUUUUUUAAAUUAUUUCUUAUUUGGAAUUUUUUGCCUUUUAUUUGUUUCUGCAUUUUUUUCCAAUAUGUUGUAGAUUUUAUUUGGUUUUAAUCGUUUUUUUUUUCUAGAUUUAAAAGUGGUGCCAAAAAUUGUAAGACGUUUUAAUUUUUAAAUAAAUGUUACGUUUAAUGUGUGAUUUCACAUUGUAAUUAUUCGCAGAUAAUAAGUAGUUGGCAUUGGCAAAUACUGUCACAAAACAAUAAUAAUUGCGAUUAAUCACAAUUAUUAUUGUUUCAUUAUUUUUUCUGGGUUUGCGAUUAAUUGGUUACAUUUUUUUGAAUCGAUUUCCAACCUAGUUUUAAUGAAAUUGAAUAUUUUAUCAUCUAUAAUCUCACAUGUGUAUAGCAGCCUCUAAACCUCUUACUGUUUCCCAACAUAAACCUGGCUUUUUUUUUCUUUCUUUUUUUUUUUUUUUUUGUAAAGAAAAUUUCCAUUUUUGGUCUUCCAGAACCAUUCUCAUUUUUCCAUUAUUUAAAGUUGGACAUCCAGGUCGUGUGUGGAUCAUGUAAGAUGUGCAGCCAGAGCUCCGUUCUGCUGUUUGCUGCUCGUCUGUUCCAUGAAGCCUCCGCGCUCACGAGGCAAGUUUAAACAACUCCGAUCAAAAUGAAACUGCAAACGGAAAUUAUUCGGUUUGCCAAGAAAGGCGCAGUUCUUCCUCCUUUGGUCGUUCACCUUCUGCUGCAGGUUUGUGAGCGCGCGCGUGUUUACCCCGCGUGUGCUCCUCAAACUAAUUGCCGUUUCUUUCUCUCUCUCCCCGUCCCGUCUCCUCCCUGAAUGACAGCAGAAUUUCGCCUCGCCCGGAGCGACGUCACAGUUAAGGUGGAAGAAGACAGCUCCAGACUUUAUCCCCCGGAGAAGACGUCCUCUGACGGAGAGCGGAGGAGACGCUUCAUCCGUGCGUCAGAGCGCAGAGAGCGGAGCGCGCGCGGAGGAGGAGGUGAGUGGACUGGGGGAGUUGGAGCUCCUUCUCCGGGCUGGGAGCAUGUGAUGCGCGGCGGCAGACGGAACCAGCUCCGCGACCAUGAGGAGGUCAGACACUCUUUUGGAAGCGGACACUUGACCGGCUUUGCUGCGCGCCAAGAUGCGCCCGACGGGAGCACCUGGACCCGCGCGCCGCCGCUGACGGAGAACUUUUCCAUAUCAGAGAGCUUCCCUCCCGCCGCUUCGACUGAACCUCGCGGGGGAUUCCCGCCGCGUGCAUCAUGACGGUCCGCCUGUCGCGGAUCCAGCUGGCCCUGUUCUUCAUGUCGCUCUGUCCGCUCAACAUCAUCGGACUCUGGUGGGCGGUGGGCAGUCCUCUGGUCAUGGAUCCCAACAGCAUCUGCAGGAAGGCCAAACGUCUGGUGGGGAAGCAGGCUGAACUGUGCCAGACUCAGCCGGAGAUCGUCAACGAGGUGGCCAGAGGGGCCCGGCUGGGGGUCCGUGAGUGCCAGUACCAGUUCAGAUACCGCCGCUGGAACUGCACGAGUCACAACAAGUACUUUGGGAAAAUACUUCAGCAAGAUAUCCGAGAGACGGCGUUCGUCUACGCCAUCACGGCGGCCGGCGUGACGCACGCCGUGACCCAGGCCUGCAGCAUGGGAGAGCUCCUGCAGUGCGGCUGCGAAGCAACCAGGAACAGAGCGCCUCCGAGGCCGCCCACAUCUUCCUCCUCACCUCGGGACGGGGUCAAGUGGGAGUGGGGGGGCUGCGGAGACGACGUGGAGUUCGGUUACGAAAAGUCCAAACAGUUUAUGGACGCGAGGAGACGCAGGGGGAAAAGCGAUAUCAGGACGCUCAUUGAUCUGCACAACAAUGAGGCGGGGAGGCUGGCAGUCAAGCUCUACAUGCGAACUGAGUGCAAGUGCCACGGCCUGUCGGGCUCGUGCACGUUACGCACGUGCUGGAAGAAGAUGCCUCACUUCCGCGAGGUGGGCGACCGGCUGCUGGAGCGCUUCAACGGCGCAGCGAAGGUGAUGGGCAGCAACGACGGCAAGACCCUCAUCCCCGUCGGCCACAACAUCAAACCACCGGACAGGCAGGAUCUGAUCUACUCGGACGAGUCUCCGGAUUUCUGCUCAGCCAAUCGUAAAACGGGGUCGCUGGGGACGCGGGGGCGCACGUGCAACAGCACGGCCAUGGACAUCAGCGGCUGCGACCUGCUGUGCUGCGAGCGCGGCUACUGGGAGGAGACGGUGGUGUCCGAGGAAAACUGCCUGUGCCGUUUCCAUUGGUGUUGUGUGGUCCAGUGCAAGAAGUGUUUGGUACGGAAGGAGCUGAGUCUGUGUCACUGAGGGACUGGUCACAUGACUUUUGCUUGAGAGGCGGGACUUCAGCGCUUUAUUUGACUUAUAUUUGAAACGUUUUCACUCACUGUUGGAUUGUAAGCAGAAAACCAAAGAUGCCUUUCCUGUUUUCUUUCAUCUUUAAACCAAGGACCAAACAAAGCUCACUUUCAUGAAGUCUCCUUCCACUUCAGCUGCAGGACUUCGCGUGGAUCUAAAAGCCAAGCGCUCUGCCGGGUUUCAUGAACUGCUAACAGAUGAGAACGCCAGCGGUUACUCUGUUUUUGUACUGUUUGUUAUUUAAAGUCCUUCUGGACGUUGUUUUCUACCUACUGGAUGAUAGGGAUGAAUCUGAUAUGCUGACAUGUAUGUUUGCACAGUUACCAAACAGUCCUGUUUUUGAUCUCCAAUAAUCAGAAAAUGGUUUCAUUUAAUUACCAAAAUACAAAUCUUUUAAACGAA